AUGGGUGAUGAUGAACAUGCAGUGCGUUUUGGCAUUCUUGGUUGUGCUAACAUCUCCAUCAAGCUAUGCAAAGCCAUAACCAAAGCACCAAACGCGGUGCUUCACGCCCUAGGCAGUCGUUCGAUCGAGAAGGUUAAGAACUUCGCCAUCGAACAUGAUCUGCCUACCACGAUUAGGGUAUAUGGAAGUUACGAGGAUGUGAUUGAAGAUAAAGAGGUAGACGCGGUGUACAUCCCUCUUCCGACGGGUUUGCACGUGACAUGGGCGGUGAGGGCGGCGGAGAGGCGGAAGCACGUGUUGCUGGAGAAGCCGGCGGCGAUGAGUGUGGCGGAGCUUGACCGGAUUCUUGAGGCUUGUGAGAGUCAUGGGGUGCAGUUCAUGGAUGGCACCAUGUGGAUGCACCACCCACGAACGGCUAAAAUGAAGGAGGCUUUGUCUGAUGCUCAACGUUUUGGUCAACUCAAAUGGGUACGUGCAUAUUAA